AUGGCACUGAGCUCGUUCUCUAUAAAAUUUGGUUCCAUUUCGUGUCCGUACGAAAACCUGAGGAACGGGACGUCUUCGAGACUGAAACUCAAGCAUGCGCUUUUCGCUUUCGCUUCCCCGAAACCCUCGCUUCACAUUUCGGCCGAUUUGACACCGAAAGCGCGCUUCGUCGCUCGGCGAGCCGAAUCGGUAUCGGUUCCGCAGCUCCAGCGGCCUCUAAGUGAGUAUAUGAGCUUACCGGCGAGUCAAUACUCGGUUUUAGAUGCAGAGAGGAUAGAGAGAGUGGAUGAGAAUACAUUCAGGUGCUAUGUGUAUAGGUUCAAGUUCUUUGCAUUUGAGGUUUGCCCUGUUCUUCUUGUUAGAGUCGAAGAGCAGCCCAAUGGCUGUUGCAUUAAGCUCUUGUCCUGCAAGCUUGAAGGCUCACCCAUCGCGGUUGCGCAGAACGACAAGUUUGAUGCUUUUAUGGUGAAUCAAAUAUCGUGCACUAACAACCAAAGCAACUCCUCACUACAGCAACUCAGAUCAGAAACUGUCAUUGAGGUGGGCAUUGAGAUUCCUUUUGCAUUUCGUGCAAUCCCAGCACAAGCUAUUGAAUCAUCCGGGACCCAAGUCCUUGAACAAAUAUUAAGAAUUAUGCUUCCCAGGUUUAUGUCGCAGCUUGUGAGGGAUUAUCGAGCAUGGGCUUCUGGUGAUAGAUCAAGGCAGCCUCUUGGCACUGGUGAGAUAUGA